AUGGGAGCUCUAAACCAAACAAGAGUGACUGAAUUUGUCUUCCUGGGCCUCACCGACAACUGGGCGUUGGAGAUUCUGUUUUUCAUACCAUUUACAGUCACUUAUGUGUUAACACUUUUGGGGAACGUUCUCAUUGUUGUUACCAUCGUCUUCACUCCACAUCUUCACACUCCGAUGUACUUCUUUCUGAGCAAUCUGUCCUUUAUUGACAUCUGCCACUCAUCUGUCACCGUGCCCAAGAUGCUGGAGGGUCUGCUGUUAGAGAGGAAGACCAUUUCCUUUGACAACUGCAUCGCACAGCUCUUCUUCCUACACCUUUUUGCUUGUGCUGAGAUCUUCCUGCUGACGAUUAUGGCGUACGAUCGCUAUGCGGCUAUCUGCAUUCCACUGCAUUACCCCAAGGUGAUGAACUUGAAGGUCUGUGUACAGCUUGUCUUCGCCCUCUGGCUGGGGGCCACUGUGCAUUCACUUGUGCAGACCUUCUUGACUAUUCGUCUGCCCUACUGUGGCCCGAACAUUAUCGAUAGCUACUUCUGUGACGUGCCUCCCGUCAUCAAACUGGCCUGCACAGAUACGUACCUCACAGGGAUUCUGAUCGUGUCGAAUAGUGGAACCAUCUCCCUCACCUGUUUUCUAGCCUUGGUCGCCUCCUACACAGCCAUCCUGUUUUCUCUUCGAAAGCAGUCAGCAGAAGGUCGUCGGAAAGCCCUGUCCACCUGCUCAUCCCACUUUAUGGUGGUUGCCCUGUUCUUUGGGCCAUGUAUCUUUCUCUACACGCGGCCGGAUAGCAGCUUCUCCAUUGACAAGGUGGUAUCUGUCUUCUACACAGUGGUCACGCCUCUGUUGAAUCCUCUCAUUUACACCUUGAGGAACGAGGAGGUGAAAAAUGCCAUGAAGCAUCUCAGGCAGAGACGAAUUUGCUCCUGA